UAAUGCUAUUUUAAAACCCGCCUCAGUAACGUGCAACACGUAUUAGAUUUCCCUCGGCGGAAAUCUACCAAUCACAGUGUGCAUAAGUGACCUUCAAGUGCUCACCCUCUCCGUAAGCGAUUUGCGCCGCUGUCCUCUAUCGUCGAGGUGUGCUCAUUUUAUAUACGUUGUCGGGAUGUGAUCUUAGCGAUAUUCUGCGUAGGUAUUUGGGAUUGCUCAUGUGUGAAAGUUUCUAUCGGUUCAAUUAACAUUGCUUGUAAGAAAAUAAAGGCUUUUUAUAUGCCUUACACACCUGUUUGCCACUAUUACCAGGCGGGUUGUUGCAGAAAUGGAGAUAUUUGCACUUUUGUACAUCCAAAAGUUCGUUGUCGUACUUUCGCUGCCGAUGGGUGGUGCCCCUAUGGGUACAACUGUCAUUUUUGGCAUGAUCCAUCCGUCAAACCAACUAAUGUUAGCUUGCUGAAAAAACCAUGUCAGUUCUUUGCAAAUAACCAGUGCAAAUACGGAGAUAAGUGUAGUUUCUCUCACGAUGUUGAUAAUCAUCAUGACAAUGGAGUUACGUUAGAAGAAUAUCGUGCUGCGAAAAAAUUAGCAGGACUGUCUAUCGGUAGUCAGUUUUCAGAGUCCGGGAAUGUUGUUACGCCAAAUGAAUAUCGCCCCGAAAGUAACGUUUCUGGAAUUUCAUCCCCAAUACUUAUUGAAUUAUCAAGUACAAAAAGGACUUUACUAUCUAAUUGCACGAGUAGUGAGAAUAUGGUACAUAAUGCUGCAUAUUCCUGCAUAAAACCUGGCUCUGCGAAAAUGCUUAGUCUCCAGAGUGCCUCAAAAGAGGAAGUCUAUUCGCUAAAUCAGUUUGAAAUUGAAUGGCUGAAGAAGCGCUUCCUUACAGAUAAAUUAUGUGAAGUGGAAUCGAGUAAGGACUAUCACAUAUUUUGCAUCAAGUUUUCUUCAAGUGAUCCAGACUGGGUUUAUGAUGUCCGUGAAAUUGUGUUGAAUAUAACCAUUCCAAAUAUGUAUCCAAAAGAACCAGUUCAGGUCAGAGUAUUAAUGCAAGGGCAUUUACCAAAUGUUUUGGUUGAACAUUUGAAUAAAUCCAUCGAGUCAUGGAUCAGAUGUAAACAUGAAUAUUUCGAACGAAUGAAACGAAUAGAACCGUAUCUUCGACCUUUAUUUUUUUGGCUUGAUCGUAAUCUGGAAGAAAUGUUCACUGAAGGCUUACGUAAAUAUAAAGCACUGUUGGAGAGUGGAGAAUUUGGUCAGAGCUUGAGUGCAGUAUCGACUAAAAAUAGUGAAUAUAAUAUAUGCCAGCGCCAAUACACAGAAAAUCAGAAGUGUAAAAGUACUUCAUCGUUGGUCGAUGAUAAUCUCAUUGGUUUAAUACCACCUGUUGUAUCUAGCAAACCAAUUAUAGACGAUGAACAAAUAAACCGAGACCUGAAUGUUAGCAAAAAGUCGCAAAUUAAAGAUAAUGCGGAAUUUUUUGAAAACAAUAAAGGCAUACUUAACAAAACUGGUAACUGUCUGUCAACUUAUUCAAAUUCAGAUAUAUUAAAAAAUGAAAGAAAUAAUCAUCUUAUCUGUGAUCGAGUCAAAAGCGAGACUUCUUUAAAGACUUCAUCACUGGACGAUUAUAGUCACACACAUUUUAUUCAUCCUAUAGUUCCAGCAGAAGAAAACUUGAGUGACGGUGAUGACGACGGAAGCGAUGACAUUUCAGUUGCUGAGAGUCUUUCAUCACACAAAGAUGAAGCUAAUUCACAAACUGAUGAUUUUGUAUUAAAAUCAACUGACAAUGAUGAAGGUGAUGUAGACCCUGAAAAUACUUACGCUUCAAUAAAUGAAAGCAAAAUAUUGUAUGCAAAUAUGUCCGAUUCUUCCAAAUUAACCACACCUGGUACGCAAAACCUAAUAAUGAGUGAUCUUAGACUAUUUGGUAAAGCAGGAACGUUUUUACAACGACGUCUGUCUGCUUCGCUACAUUGUACUCGUUGCAGGUUACCCUUCCAAUGGCUUUUUAGUUUCCACAGAGUACCGACUUCGAGUAACUUUAAUAGUCCUGAUAUGAUAAAUCGGUUUCUACGAUCACUUCCUCCCUAUUCAGCACACUGUGCACGUUGUCAGCAAAAAUUCACUUUACUUUUCCAAGCGAAUUUAGCCCAUGCAUUUGACAAAAAUGUUGGAACUUUAUAUUUAGAUGGUUGCAUUGCUGAUGAUGUCCCACCAAAACAGUCUGAUGGCAUUAUAUAUUGUACUGAGUGUUUCAGUUCUAUACGAAUUGUUAGUCUUGGAUUCGAUCAUCCCCAUACGCGGCGUUGUUUUAAGUGUCAUUCCAUAGUUGGACUAGAAUUUAGCAAAUUUUAUUUGGAAUUAAUAAAACAACCAAGUACUGGGAUUUCGAAAACAGGUGAACCUUUUGAGGACCAAAAGGCCUUUCGAAGACUGCGCCGUGCAUUGAAUACGGCUCAGAACGCACUUAUUCAAGAUGGUUCACCCUUACCGGCCUACGGUACUUGCAAACAUUAUCGCAAAAGCUAUCGGUGGCUGAGGUUUCCGUGUUGUGGACGUCUUGAGCCGUGUGAUGUUUGUCAUGACAACUCUGCCGUUGAUGGGCACGAAAUGGAACUGGCCACUCGUAUGAUCUGUGGUUUUUGUUCAAAAGAACAACCUUUUUCGGCUGUCAAACCGUGUAUAAGAUGUGGAAAAACAUUGUCAGGAUCUCGGUCAUCCCACUGGGAAGGAGGUAAAGGUUGUCGUAAUCGAGUAACAAUGUCACGAAAAGACUCCAAAAAAUACUCCCAAGUUGAUAAAGUACCGUCAAAAAAGAAAACCUCCAAGAGUUAACGAAGCUUGUUUUCAAGUACCACGGAUAAAUCCUCUGAACAGAGAUAAACUUUCGUAACAAUUCGAACCUUUCUAAAUUAACUGAAGUUGCGUGAACACAACACACACAAAAAAUAACUGCUUAACAUAUUUUCAAGAUUUCUUAAAAUAAGUGGAUUCAGAAUCUAUGCGUUCUCAUCAUAAAAUAAUGAUUAACAAUAAUGAUUACUUUGUUGCGUACAUUAACUUCUACUGAUUUUCAUACUUUAUCAAACUAUUUUCGUUUACGGAACACUCAGCUAUUAAGAUUAUUUACUAAAAUAAAGUAAAUUCUCAUUACAUUCUGAAUAUACCAUAUACUUACGUAUGUCGCUACUGCAUUUUGGUAUUCAAUUGUUUAUUGGAACUAACACUGUGUUUGCCAUCGGUUGUGGAACUAAUUUAUAUCAGUCAACAUUAAGUGUCAACUGUCUGUACCAAAAAUAAAGACAGAUAAGAGUAACUAGUUCCCUGUUGUUCGGAGCAAAUGACCACCGGCAUUUAUCUGUCUGUACUACUUCUAGCGUUGAAAAGGCUUGAAGUGGAACCUUCAGAUGAAGUUAUUUUGAUGAAGUGAAUAUAUCAUUGAAAAUAGCUUUAUUAACAAGUGUUUGCUUUUACUUUUAGGAACGUAGUGCUGCGCUUCAAUGUUUAUCUGUUACCACAUAAAUAUGUCGAGGCAAAAAACUUAACACCAAACAGUAAAAUAGUAAAAGAUUCGUAAAUAAUUUCUGAUGAUGAAAAUGAAUAAUAAUAUUUAUAAAUAUUCCACUGCACGCAACAGCUGGUCAACUAAAUUUACCGUCAGACAGACUUAGAGUAUUAUCCUAUGUAGUCGAAAUGGUUGUGCUUCAGUAUAAAUUGUUGAAAACGCAUACAACGAAGUUGCGAAUUAUUUUCAAGUCCAAAUAACCUCUCAAUACAAAUCAAAAUAAUGAGACACAUUCAUUAAAGUCUAGAAAAAUGGUUUAGAUCACUAAGAUAAGGCAGUUGUCACACAAAAUAUAAGGGAUUUCUUAGCACCUGCUAUUUACACAAGUAAUGUGGUUUCAGCGUCACUUUCAUGAACUCUAUGGUAGCUUAUUAAUAAUAAUGGCUUUAUUCUGAAAAGUGCGUUUAUUCACGAUACAGGAUUUUCAGCGAGUUUCGUUGCGAGGCACUUUGUCCUUGUGUAGAAUCUUGAAAUUAUAUAUUAACCGAUAAUAUA